AUGUCAACGAUUGACCGACAUCAGCCGCCAUUGGUUGCCCUGCAACCGGAACAGUUCGCCCCGGAUAUCGAAGGCUUAAUUGAGAGCUUCGAUCAACGCUCUUUGAAUGGCGAGCACGAGUACAGAUACCAGCUGGGCAACGGGGACACACGCUAUGAGCGCACUUAUUGGCUGCCCGUGGGCAAGGGCCAUGUGCUGGCGCGUCGGGGCUACUACUCGGUGCCGCUGCCCAACGCACAGUACUCGACCGUCUUUUACAGUGCCGAUGAUCGGGGCUACCAUGUGGAUAUGCACACAUUAUCCGGCGAGCAGCCAUUGCUGCCACGCAGCCUCGAUGUGCCCCAUGAUGUGGCAGGCAUGAAGUCAACGCCAGCAGCUAAGCGAAAUUCAAUAAGCGUGCCAGAGCGUAACGAUGAGCAGCUCGAGCAGCAUCCAGAUGCUGAGGCCAUGUUCAUGUUCAGCAGCAGCAACGGCAGCAGCGUUGGCACAGCCAAAGGUCAAACAGUAACUGAUGUCCGCCUGCCGGCAACGCGACAUCUGCAUCAGCAUCAGCAUCAGCAUCAGCAUCAGCUUAGACAGACUUCAAAUUCGAUUUAA